GAGGAGCUUGAAAUCUUGUACACAAAGGGACGUAACCUACUUCCUCAUCUCGUGCUCGAAAUAUUGAGAAGCAGUAGAACUACUCUGAACUUGUAGUUGUAAAAGACAACGGACAAUGUGACACAAUCAUCGACAAAGAUGAUUUGGAAGUUGUAGCUGACGAAUCUCUUCAGGAAGCAGCAAAUGUUUGUGCUACGGUCUGUCCUCCUGAUGGGCCGUAUCACGUGGCGUGUGCACCACUGUCCAUCUCGCGUGUGGGCGUGGGUCAAGAGGCACAGGAAAUGGUGGUCACUUGUGUACAAAAGUCUGUUUUACAAUGACCAUAACUCUUGUAACACUGCCACAGACGCAAUGAUGGAACCAAUGUUUUGGUGUGUGGAUCAUUUUGCAAAGUAUAUGGGUCCGAUUAUGGUAACAAUGGUUGUGUUCCUGACGACGAUGGUAGUGGCCAUCUUCUAUGUGUGUCUGCUUCCACAUAUUUACUACGAGUCUAUGGCAGCUACUGUGUUUCACCUGGUGUUUGGGCACUGGCUGCUUCUCAUGAUCAUCUUCAACUACAUCAUGGCCUGCUUCACCAGCCCCGGACACCCCCCAGAUAACCUGCCAGAAGUUGUCUCCAUCUGCAAGAAAUGCAUCUCCCCCAAGCCUCCUCGCACACACCAUUGCAGCGUGUGCCGCCAGUGCGUAAUGAAGAUGGAUCAUCACUGUCCCUGGCUGAACAACUGCGUCGGCUUCUACAACCACCGCUACUUCUUCAUGUUCUGUGUGUACAUGUGGUCUGGCACCAUCUACGUCAGCAGCGUCGGCUACAACCUCUUCAAACAGCACUUCUACGGCAGCAAGGACAUUGUGUUUCCUGGGAUACUUUAUCCGGUGAAUCUCGCCUGGGAAGCGUGGACCUCGAGAAAGCAGGUGACACCCGAGGUGCCUGUGACCGGGGCAGACAUGUUGACAAGCAGCAUGGACGAGUUUCAGCCAGACCUGAAGGGGCAGUGGAUCCACAACGCCAUCAUCUUCGAGUUCCUGCUGUGUACAGGGGUUUGCAUUGCUCUCGGGCUCCUCACCGUCUGGCACGCCCGCAUGAUCAGCACCGCGGAGACCAGCGUCGAGGUCCACAUCAACAAGAAGGAGAGGAAGAGGCUGAGGAAGAAGGGCAUGAUUUUCAAAAAUCCUUAUGACUUUGGAUUUGUGGAGAACUGGAAAAUCUUCCUGGGAAUAGAAAAGGACAGUUCCAGGUCCUUCUGGCGGCACAUCCUCCUCCCAUCAUGCCACACACCAACAGGAAACGGUCUCACGUGGAGAACUGCCACCUAUCAGUUGAACCAGGAAGAAAAUGGCCUCCGGUUGUUAUGACGAUGGCACACACUCAGAAUUCUUUUACAAACUGAUGUGGUUGAUACCCAGAUUUAUUUUAAAGGAUUUUAAGGCUGUUGUGUGAUAAAUGUGGUGAAUGUUUUCUCCCUGCGACAGUGCAGGAUAUUCACAGGAUGUUCACAGGAGAUUAACUGCGGGACAGGACGUAUAGGACAUUUAACUUCAAUGGGACAUCCACAAGACUUGACAAGGACAUUUACAUGAGUUAUCAAGGACAUUCACAACAUUUUUCAAGGACAAUCACAAGACAACAUCCAUAUGAUACCCACAUGACUUUCUACAGACGUACUGAGGACAGUCACAAGACAGCAAUAGGACAUUCAUCUCACUUUCACAACGUCAGGACAUGUUAUCUGGAGGACUUUAGAGAACAUCAACAGGACAUUCACAGGAUUCCAUGUGCUUUUUUUACUCCGUCUUCCUCUCAGGGAUUUAACUCCCAGUCUGACAUACUGCAUCUCCACUUUCCACGCAGCACGUCAUGACUGGGAGUUGGUGUGACUGCUACGCCAGGUUUCUACAUGAUUGAGAGUUUCUGUGUCAUGGACAUUCCACCCACAAUCUCAUUAAACUCCGAUCUGCUACUCCGAUAUUACAGCCCUCUGUGUGGAGGUCUGAGGACAUGGCCAUAGGAGGGUGCAUGAGAGGAACCCUGAGCAAACUUUGACCACAACGUCCAUGGUAAAUGAAGGAUGUGUGGUUUCUUGAUCUUAGCAACACACAAAGAAAACGCAGAACACAAAGAUAUGUCCAUAUAUAGCUCACUCUUUUGGGUGUAGAUGACACAACAUUCUGUGUACAAGAUCCACAACAUAAUUGUAUAGUUCCCUGAAUAUUUUCAUUUUCAAAAUAUAGUGGGGCGGUGGGGAAGCCUAGUAGUUAAAGCAUUUGUCACAUCGAAGAUACUGGAUUCCCUACAUGGGUAUGUGACUCCCGUAGUAAUAUUUGCAGGAAUAUUGAUAAAAGCGGUGUAAAACCAUCCUCAAUCACUCAAGAUACGUCCCGUGAAAAUUGGCCUUCAGCAAAUAAUGUUUGUCAUAAGAGGCGACUAACAGGAUCAGGUGGUCAGGCUUGCCGACUUGGUU